ACAACAGAGCGCGUACUAAGCUUAAACAACACAACAAAACAUUCACGCACACAUUCCUUCAUCAUAUCAUCUGUGUCUGUUUCUUCAACAAAUCAACAACAAUGGCAGAAUCAGAAGACAUUCAGCCCUUAGUUUGCGACAAUGGAACCGGCAUGGUCAAGGCUGGUUUUGCAGGAGAUGAUGCACCAAGGGCAGUAUUCCCUAGCAUAGUAGGACGUCCACGUCACACAGGGGUAAUGGUUGGAAUGGGACAAAAAGAUGCAUAUGUUGGUGAUGAAGCACAAUCAAAAAGAGGUAUUUUGACAUUGAAAUACCCAAUUGAGCAUGGGAUUGUUAGUAAUUGGGAUGAUAUGGAGAAGAUCUGGCAUCAUACUUUCUACAAUGAACUUCGUGUUGCUCCUGAAGAACACCCUGUCCUUCUUACUGAAGCACCUCUUAAUCCUAAGGCUAAUCGUGAGAAAAUGACUCAGAUCAUGUUUGAGACAUUCAAUACUCCUGCUAUGUAUGUUGCUAUUCAAGCUGUGCUUUCCCUUUAUGCGAGUGGUCGUACAACUGGUAUUGUUCUGGAUUCUGGGGAUGGUGUUAGCCACACGGUUCCUAUUUACGAGGGAUAUGCACUUCCACAUGCAAUCCUUCGUUUGGAUCUUGCAGGUCGUGAUCUCACUGAUGCAUUGAUGAAGAUUUUAACCGAGCGUGGCUACACUUUCACCACUUCAGCAGAGCGAGAAAUUGUAAGGGAUAUGAAGGAGAAAUUGGCUUAUAUUGCUCUUGAUUACGAGCAGGAGUUGGAAACUGCUAAAACUAGCUCAGCUGUUGAGAAGACCUAUGAGCUACCUGAUGGGCAGGUGAUCACGAUCGGUGCUGAAAGAUUCCGAUGCCCAGAAGUUUUGUUCCAGCCAUCCAUGAUAGGGAUGGAAUCUCCUGGUAUCCAUGAGACAACAUUUAACUCGAUCAUGAAGUGUGAUGUUGACAUUAGGAAGGAUCUCUAUGGUAACAUCGUGUUGAGUGGUGGUUCAACAAUGUUCCCUGGUAUUGCUGAUAGAAUGAGCAAGGAGAUUACAGCAUUGGCUCCUAGUAGCAUGAAAAUCAAGGUUGUAGCACCACCAGAGAGGAAGUACAGUGUCUGGAUUGGAGGUUCCAUUUUGGCAUCUCUCAGCACUUUCCAACAGAUGUGGAUUGCAAAGGCAGAAUAUGAUGAAUCUGGGCCAUCAAUAGUACACAGGAAAUGCUUCUAAGUUCAAAUCAUGGUCGAUGAGAGCUGGAUUAAGGAAAAUUUAAUAUAUACUUUGUACUACAAAAAUACCAUCUAGUUGGUUGAGGAACUUCCAUUUCCUAUUCUUUCUUUGAUCACGUUUCUUUGUGUUUUCCUUUCUUGAUAUGUUGGGAUAAGAACAUGAAAACUAGCAAGAUAUGUAAGAUUCAAUUUUCCCUCAUUUUGUUGUAGAGAUAUGUAUUGUUUACUGAUUUGGUUUGUUUGAAUCAACAAAUCUUUUCAUUAAGUGUUCUGGCAGUCAUAGUGGUAUGUGUUUGAUUUAUAAUUAUAUGAUACAAAAAGUCAUUGAUAAUCA